AUGCCUGGUAGGCCAGCUACUAAGAGGAAGAAAUCCACUACAGAGAAUACAGGAACACACAGGGUUUCUAAGGCUGGGAAGAAAGUCGGAUGUAGUAUUUUCAAGGAGAUAGGUCAUAACAAGGCCACUUGUCCACAGAGAACGCCCCAAAAGUUAAAUGUGAAGAAACAGAAGAAACAAAAAGUUUGUGUGAACCAAAAUGCAGGACAGGGUAGUACAAGAGAACCACAACAACAUGAAGAGGUUGAAAUGACUCCAGUUGAGAUGGAUACAACUCAAAAUGAUAUGCAAGUUACUCCUACUGAUGUUGAAUCCAGUAGUGCAUGGGAUUUUAGUCAUUCUAUGUAA